GAUACGCUUUUGUUCUUUGUUUUUGUUAAAAUUGACCACAAACCAGACAUCUUGGGUUGUUUAGCUUGAAAGGGAGCGACGGAACUGAACUCAAUUCAAACGAACUUGACAGUGUUUCAUCCUAAAAGUUAUCCAACAAACCAUGCACUCUUGUGUUGCUCUUAGCUCUAUAACCUUCCCUUCCCUUCCUCCUCCAAGACUAACCAUCAAUAUUCCACUUCAAUCUUUCUCAGUUAAAUCCUCCAUUGAAAAAAGUCCCGCCACCAAACCCAAACCGACAAGCCCUUCGAAGUCCACCUCUUGGGUCAGCCCCAAUUGGCUUACUUCUUUGACCAAGUCCUUAACGAUUGGCUCCAACGAUGAUUCAGGGAUACCCAUAGCCAGUGCUCAGUUGGAGGAUGUCUCUGAACUUCUUGGUGGUGCCUUGUUUUUGCCUUUGUUUAAGUGGAUGAAUGAGUAUGGACCCAUCUAUCGGCUUGCUGCUGGUCCUAGGAAUUUUGUGGUGGUUAGUGACCCUGCCAUGGCAAAGCAUGUUUUGAGGAAUUAUGGCAAGUAUGCUAAAGGACUUGUCUCUGAGGUCUCCGAAUUUCUUUUCGGAUCGGGUUUUGCCAUUGCUGAAGGUUCUCUUUGGACGGUGAGGCGCAGGGCUGUGGUUCCAUCUCUUCACAAGAAGUAUUUGUCUGUUAUGGUUGACCGGGUAUUUUGCAAAUGUGCUGAGAGAUUGGUACAGAAGUUGCAACCUUUUGCAUUAGAUGGCACUGCUGUAAACAUGGAAGAAAAGUUUUCUCAAUUGACUCUUGAUGUCAUUGGUCUGUCAGUAUUCAAUUAUAAUUUUGAUUCAUUGACAUCUGACAGCCCUGUCAUUGAUGCAGUUUACACUGCACUGAAAGAGGCAGAGUUACGAUCCACAGAUAUUUUACCCUAUUGGAAGAUUAGAGCUUUGUGCAAGGUAAUUCCAAGACAAAUAAAGGCUGAACAAGCAGUUACAGUCAUUAGGAGAACUGUUGAAGAACUUAUAAUAAAGUGCAAAGAGAUUGUGGAAAGGGAAGGUGAAAGAAUUGAUGAGGAGGAAUACGUAAAUGACGCUGAUCCGAGUAUCCUUCGCUUCUUGCUUGCAAGCAGGGAAGAGGUUUCAAGCAUGCAAUUACGAGAUGACCUUUUAUCAAUGUUAGUUGCAGGUCAUGAGACUACUGGUUCAGUACUGACAUGGACACUGUAUCUUCUAAGUAAGGAUUCCUUCAUAUUGCUCAAAGCACAAGAAGAAGUUGACAGAGUCUUGAAGGGAAGGCCUCCUGCCUAUGAAGACAUAAAGGAUCUCAAGUUUCUAACUAGAUGCAUAACUGAGUCAUUGCGUCUAUACCCACACCCUCCUGUCUUGAUAAGAAGAGCUCAAGUUGAUGACAUUCUUCCUGGAAACUAUAAAGUUAAAGCUGGUCAAGACAUAAUGAUUUCAGUAUAUAAUAUACAUCAUUCUUCACAGGUCUGGGAGAGAGCUGAAGAGUUUGCGCCUGAAAGGUUUGACUUGGGAAGCCCAGUCCCUAAUGAAACAAAUACAGAUUACAGGUUCAUUCCGUUUAGCGGAGGGCCUCGUAAGUGUGUUGGUGAUCAGUUUGCUUUACUGGAAGCUAUUGUGGCUCUUGCAAUUUUUCUUCAACACCUGAAUUUUGAGCUGGUUCCUGAUCAAAACAUUAGUAUGACCACCGGAGCCACAAUACAUACAACAAAUGGUUUGUACAUGAAACUCAGCGAACGGAGGUCUAAAUUUGAUAUUAGUUCACCAACUUCUUCUAAGUGAGUUGUAAAUUUGUUUAGUAUUGAAUCAUUUCAUGUUAUGGUAAUGCACCAUAGGGGAAAGAAAUAUAAUGAUUUUUGGGUUGUGAAUGAAAUUAAUGUUAAUUUUCUAAUU